GGGGGAUGGAGGAGGGAUCCAGGCUGGGCUGAGAGCAUUGGAGCACGCUGGUGCUUUUCUUUAUCACCAGCUUUGUGGAAAGGGUGGGGAGUUGGGGCUGAUAUCAUUUCCUGGGUGCUCCGGGAUCUGCUCCUCCACACCGAGCACCAGGAUUUCAUCCCAGCUUUGGCCCGGGGGACAUGAAUCGGGUAGUUUACACUGGGUGAGGGUGUCUGUGUUCAGUUCUCACAGCCCUGUUUGCAGGGAGCCCUGAUACCUGACUGGAUCCCGCAAUGGAGCCUCGGGUACAGGAUGGUGCCGAGGAGCUGCAAAAGGGAUGUUUACACAAAGAGGUGAGCCAAGGGCAGCAGCUGCAGCCACCACAGUGGGUGUCCCCAGCGCAAUGGACAGUGCCUGAGGUGUGUGCAUGGCUGGGUGCGCGACAUGGGGACCUGGCACCUCUGGCAGCUGAGCAUGCGAUCACCGGGCGAGCCUUGCUGCGCUUGACAGAGGGGACACUGCAACGCAUGGGGGUGGCACCGUGCAGCCGACGCUGGGAGCUGCUGCAGGAGCUGCUGGGCCUGCGGCUGCAGCAGGAGCUGGAGGAGCUGCUGUGCAUCGUUGGGGAGGAGCAGCAUCCACGAGACCAUGGUGAUAUCCCCACAGCUGGACCAAGGUCACCUCCAUCCCCAGAGUGAAGGCUGUGGGCAGAGACGCGCAUGACAUGGCAGCAGUGCUGGAGGGAGUCCUGAGGCCACAGAGCCCCCAAAAUAUCCCAAACACAGCUGGUGAUGCAGGGAUGCAUAAGGAGAAGGUGGCUGCUGGGUGACACCAGUGGGUGCUCCUGCAUUCUGCAGAGUUCGGGAAGCCUGGUGACAAUAAUGCAUUGGGGACUAUCCCGAUCCACCAGAUCCUGCUGCAAGCCCAGGGUGUAGCAACCCACACCAUGGGACGUCUCUUAGUUGAGUACUGGACAUCACUUGGGGUUGGCAGAAUGAGUAGGGCACGGGACAUGACUGUGGGCCUCAAUAAAUGUGGCUGGAGCUGUGAAA